AUGCCUUUGCCCUGGAACCUCAUGCCCUCUGAGCUCAUGACCACUGUUCCCUUCGGUCCGAAACGAGUCUUGGUGACCGAGCAGAUUCCUUCUCAGCACCCAGGAUCAGCGAGCAGUGGCCAGGCCCAGCGGGUCCUGUGUCCCUCCAACUCCCAACGUGUCCCUCCACAAGCACAGAAGCCUGUCGCAGGUCAGAAGCCAGUGCUCAAGCAGUUGCCGGCUGCCAGCGGUCCUCGACCUGCGUCCCGGCUGAGUAACCCCCAGAAGAGUGAGCAGCCACAGCCUGCGGCCUCGGGAAAUAAUUCUGAAAAGGAACAGACAUCCAUCCAGAAAACUGAAGACUCAAAAAAAAGGCAGUGGACUUUGGAAGAUUUUGACAUCGGCCGCCCACUAGGAAAAGGGAAGUUUGGAAAUGUCUACUUGGCGAGGGAGAAGCAAAGCAAGUUCAUCCUGGCUCUGAAGGUGCUGUUUAAAGUACAGCUGGAGAAGGCAGGUGUGGAGCACCAGCUCCGGAGAGAAGUGGAGAUCCAGUCCCACCUGCGGCACCCCAACAUCCUCAGGCUGUAUGGGUAUUUCCAUGACGCCACCAGAGUUUAUCUAAUUCUGGAAUACGCGCCCCUUGGAACAGUGUAUAGAGAGCUUCAAAAACUCUCCAAGUUUGAUGAGCAGAGAACAGCUACCUACAUCACGGAGUUGGCGAAUGCUUUGUCUUACUGCCACUCAAAGAGAGUCAUCCACAGAGACAUCAAGCCAGAGAACCUGCUGCUUGGGUCAAAUGGGGAGUUGAAGAUCGCAGACUUCGGGUGGUCUGUGCAUGCUCCGUCUUCCAGGAGAACCACGCUGUGUGGCACCCUGGACUACCUGCCCCCGGAGAUGAUUGAAGGUCGGAUGCAUGACGAGAAGGUGGACCUCUGGAGCCUGGGGGUGCUCUGCUAUGAGUUCCUAGUGGGGAUGCCUCCCUUUGAGGCACACACUUAUCAGGAGACCUACAGAAGGAUAUCACGGGUUGAAUUCACAUUCCCUGACUUUGUGACGGAGGGAGCCAGGGACCUCAUUUCAAGACUGUUAAAACACAACUCAAGUCAAAGGCUAACACUAGCGGAAGUCCUUGAGCACCCUUGGAUCAAAGCUAAUUCUUCAAAACCUCCGACUGGCCACAAUAGCAAAGAGGCAACUAGCAAAUCGUCUUAGGGAAUCUGGAGCCAUGGGCAUUGUGCAACUAACUGUGAGAAAGGUCCCAUUGAAACCACACAGACCAUCAUCGCUGCCCUCAGGGUGCCUUGCUGAGCAACUAGACCUUGGCCUUGGAUCCAGGAAGCCCCGCCUGUUGCCCAGCCCCCAAGAACCAUGCUGCUUUUUCUGAUGUAGUAAUCUGGAAGGAAGGUUCCACUGCAGCUGUGUCCCCCCCCUAUGCUCCAAGGUGUGGGGGUCUCUGUGGAAAGUUACCAAUGAUCACCUGUGUCUUAGCCUCCAAGUGCCAGUGUGUGUGUAACUUAUUGGGUCACCAGGCCUGGAAAAGCUGUUGGAAUGGAUAUGUAAUCUUUUAGUGUCAAAAUAAAGAUUUGUAUAGACUGUUUUUAAGGGACACCCAUUCAAGGCCCUCCUGUUUUAAGCCUUCUGAAGCCCAUGUGGGGUUCAGAUCCUCAACCACUGUUAUAGAGCCUGUGCUUGGGACCUGCCUCAGGUGUUUCUGGAUGUUAAAGGCUACUUUUUAUGUUGUUCUGUCAUGUAUGCAAACUUGUUAAAUGUAUAACUAUAACAUCUGCCUGGAGUCCAUGGCUAAUCCUUUGAAUCUCUUCACUGCUGGCUCGCCAUGGGCAGCUGCGGUGCCUUUCUGACCUGCUGGAUGUGCUCCAGUGCUAUCUGUCCAUCAACCAGAGGGGGACUUGGGAUUAGACAAACAGGCUUUUAUGGCCAACUUGGGAUAGAUGUCAGAUGACUGGAAAUGCGGGUGUCCAGGGCUAAAUGUCAUGCCGACUGGACCACCAUCAUGAAGUGGAGAACAUGCUUGAGUGGAACUGCAGAGGCCCUCCUGUUGGGACAAGUGGCCUUUGGUCCCCGGUCCUGUCCUAAACUAACUGGCUUUGUUGAAGUAGCAACUGCCCAGCUGCAGUUAGGUGUGAUGUGGUUGAGGGAAGGUAGCCGAGCACGGGACACUGCCUGCUCUGCUCAUGCUCUGUGAGUGUUGUAUGUGCAGAUGACUGACUCAUUCCCACCGUGCUCUUCCAGUGAUGGCUUACCAGAUGACAGACCACACGCUUUUACAAAGAUUUUUAUUUGGUUCACAAAGCCAUUCACUUGGUCUGCUUAAAAAAGUAGAGACACAAUGAUUUACAUCUUAAAA